UCAGGACAUCAAGAACCCCUCGGGGCUGACGUCCAUAAAGAAGCUCGAAGGGGGAAAACCCCGAUGAGGUCCAUCCCAAUUCUUUCGAAGGGGACCUGCAUUAAUGGUAGCGGGCGCAAAGGCACUUUUGGGGAGGCCGGUGGAUUCACCAGCUGACAUUCGCGACAAGACGCGCACCACCUGCGUACAUUCUCGUGAAUGCCCGGCCAAAAAAAACGGGCCAUGAGACGAUUUAAUGUUGUCGUUUGGCCUAAAUGUCCAGCCAUGGAAUUACAAUGAGCCGCCUGGAAAAGCAUUUCCCGACGGCUUUUUGGCACUAACAACUGUGUUGUAUCUUCCUUUGUCUGAGCGUCUUGAGUCACUCGAUACAACCAAUCUUUCACAAUUGAAAAAUAGGGAUAGGAGAGCGGUCGAGCCGGCUGGAGAGGUUGACCGUCGAUAUAAUGGACCUGUUCAAAAGCAUGUUUUAAUGACUCAUCCUGAGUCUGUUCCAGAAGAAAAUCAUUGCGUUCCGAGAGGAUCAGCCUCUCGAUUCCACUCUGUUCCUCUGGUUCAGAACUCAGUGGUCCCGGUUCAACCUCUCCCACCUGUACAAGCGCGCCUCUUCCCUGUUUUCCUCUUCCCCAAGAAACAUCUGCACAAAAACAUCCCAAUAAUUCACUAAAAGCGGGCCAAUUAGUUCCCAGAAUCAGCGGAUGUCGGAGGUGCGGGUUAACUGCGACCUCCACUCUUUGCUUUUGUCCCCUAAAUUGGAUCACAGCGGACAUUAAAGGAUAUCUCACCACAUCCCCGUGCACACACCGUACCGGAACCAUGCGGCUUGUAUCCAAUGCCUCGGGCCGAAUCAGGCUUUGAUGGAUAGAGGUUUGGUUACACCCUGAAUCCACCAAAGCCUGGUAGGUACCCCCCUUAAUACUCACAGGUAUUUGGUACCUGCCAGCCUGAUCGGGGGCAGCCUGCGGUGCAUCCGGGACCCGGAUCAUUGUUCCCACCUCCAUCACCGGUCAAUAAAAUGCCCCGGGUCCCCGCAACGCCAACAGGCCGGCCCAGACCUCCCCGCCGCCCUAGUGGCAGGAAGUGGGUUAAGUGAGUGGCGUGGGGAGAGCGGGGAAACGGAGCCCGUAUCGGUCCUAGCGGAGGUCAGCCCCGCCCCCCUGGGCGGGAUUCUCGGACCAGCGGUAUAAUCCUGGCCAGUCCCACCCAGUCCUCGGGGUGGGACCCGAGGAAGACCUGGAGGACGGGACCUAGGAAGGGGAACAGGUCGAGUGGCAGAGGGAGAGAGAGAGAAAGACAGCUGGAAGGGGCUUCAGUCAGCUAAGUAACAUCUGGAAGUCUGGAAAUAUAUCCAUCAAGACCAAGAUCCGCCUCUUCAACUCCAUCAUGAAGCCUGCUCUGCUGUACGGAGCUGAAACCUGGAGGACCAUAGUGGCAACCACCAAAAAGACCCAGACAUUCAUUAACCACUGCCUGCGACGGAUCCUCCGCAUCCACUGGCCAGAAACCAUCAGCAACCAAGAACUUUGGCAAAGAACAGGACAACAACCGUUAGACGAAACAAUACUCCAGAGACGCUGGAGAUGGAUCGGCCACACCCUGGGAAAGCCGCCUUCAACACCACUAGACAAGCCCUCACGUGGAACCCCCAAGGCAAAAGGAAGCAAGGCAGGCCAAGGAACACCUGGCGCCGCGACCUGGAUGCGGACUGCAAGAAGACAGGCUACACCUGGGGACAAUUGGAGAGACUGGCACAGGACAGAGAUGCUUGGAGGACCCUUGUCGGUGGCCUAUGCCCCAGGAGGGGUAGUAGGCAUAAGUAAGUAAGUAAUAGACUAUGUAAUAAACCAUGUCCUCUCCUUUACAGAAGCUGGUAAACAGGAAAAAAAGUCUCUCAUGCAGUAUUGUCUAAAAUAUAGUACUAAAUUGUUUCUAACAAGUAGUAGGCUAAUAAAUAUACAGAAUUUUUUCUGACUACCCUAGCAACUUGUUUCCCAAAAAGCACAUAGCAAUAAAAUGAGCUAUUUUAAUAAUGUAUUUGGCAACUUUGGCUAGUCUUCUGAAAUAAUAACAAAGGCAUGCAUUUUGUCCUCUGACUUCAGUCUUCUCCUUGUUUAACUGAAGAAAGUUUUGGCACAUCCAGCUGUUAAUUUCAUCAAUGCAUUGGCAGAGGGAGUCAAUGGGGCUGUAGUCAUUUGGAGAUAAGGCUAGGUAAAUCUAGGUAUCCUCAGCAUAGCUGUGAUAGGCAAUUUGGUUAUUCUUCCUUUCCUUGGAGUGUAGCAUUUAACUUACUACCAAUUCACUGCUUAAAACUGUAAGUGUUAAUCAUGUGUAGUUUUGACUAGUGAUUUGAAGAACACAUAAAAUGUAAUUGAUCAAAAAUAAGUAACUUUUCAAUAAUCCAAUGUUGUAUUUAAAAAUACUAAAUAUACAGAAAAUGUGGUUAUGUUACUUUUACUAAUAAUAUAUAUUACAUGUUUAUUUUUACUAACAAAUGUAAUUGAACAUAUUUCAAAUAAUAUUCUUUGCAGAGAUUUUAUUCAUUUCACUGUGUAUUAUACGCAGUGAUGCAGUUUUGCGUCAUGGUUAAAUAAUGACAUCAUCAUCCAAUUUCGUCACAAUGUCAUUUAACAACUUUUACCCAAAAAUCAACCUGCCUUUAGCAACUUCUCCAGAAAAUGUGUUGGCAGUACAGAACAAUCAAGAUCAUAAUAAUAAUUAUAAAUAAGAUCAAUUCAAAACACUACUACAAACACCUCAUUUUGGGAAACAGGAAUCCUUUUGCUAGUCUGUUACAGUAUAAAUAGAGCGCUGCAGAUACAGUACAAUUCAGCAAAAAGCUGUAAGAAAAGAUUACUUUCAUUACACUGCUGUAAAUCGAUCUUACAGUAGAUGAGAAGCACUAGAAGAGAAAGGUUACAAAACAAAGAAACAGAAUAUAAAGUAAACACACAUUGGAAUAUAGGGGAGGCAGAGAAAGUGUUUUGUCAGAACACUAAGAAAGUGCUAUAGUAAAACAAAUAAGGACAUUACCAAUACUGUAAUGCAACUUGGCAGAGGAUGCUGAAUUUAUUUUUUACAUUUGGUCUUUCUUUAUUUGAGUAUUGCUGAAGUUGGCUGUACAGUAACUGACAUAGUUGACUCUUUGUCAGGGUUGGGGUGAAGGGAUGAGGCGAGGACUCAGUGGUGGAGAAUGGGCUUUUAUUGAUAAUAAAAAUAAACAAAACAAACCAAACUACCCCGUAGGGGAAAAACAAGGCAAGGCAAGGCAAGGCAACAUUGAUGGGAAAAUUGAUGACGAACUGGGACAGGACUGCAAACACAAGGAGAUUAUAAAGGGAGCAAAUUAGGAGGCUAACGAGGAAAACAGGUGGGGCAAAUUAACCAAUAAUCAGGAAACAAGGAGGGUGGGGUCAAGACAAUUGACAUGAGAGCACAUGGCUGUAGGAUCAGAACGAGUCAGACAAAACUAAUGGCGCUUUUCCAGUGCAUGGUACGGCACGGUACGGUUCAGUACGGGUCACUUUUGGGGGGUUUUCCACUGGGUACGGUACCUGGUACUUUUUUUAGUACCACCUCGGCCGAGGUUCCAAGCGAACCGUACCGUUACCAAAACGUGACGUGUAAACUCUGCUGAUCACUGAUUGGCCGGAGAAAAUCGUCAUUACUGCGUCACUGAACUUGCGACACGAGACACAACAGACCCGCUAGAUUUAAAUCAGCACAGCCAGCAAAGGAUCGGUCGCAACUUUUGUUUGUAUCAACCAAAAAAUGGCUGUUUCGUGGUCUGCUGAGGAAGUACAGACGUUCCUCUCGUUGAUAGCCGAGGAGCGGAUCCAGCGAGAGCUUGAUGGGGCGACGCGGAAUGAAAAAGUUUUCCAGGAGGUCGCUAAGCUCUUGGCCGCACACGGCUACCACCAGACCAACAAACAGUGUAGGGACAAGUUAAAAAAACUGAAGAGCGACUACAGAAGCAUAAAGGACCACAACAGCCGGAGUGGUUCAAACAGACGAUCGUGGAAGUGGUUCGACCAAAUGGACGCAAUCUACGGAGGUAGACCAACGAGCAUUGGGAGGGAGGGUGCCCUGGACUCGGCCACGCCAUUGUUGGAGAACACGAUCGAGGAUGACUCAUUGUCUACGAUCGAUUCACUUGCACUUUCUCCAUGCAACGACGAGUCCUCUUCCCAACCGGUGCUAACAGCGUCUCCUCCACGACCGCCAACACCAUCAACAUCAACCUCCAGCUGCACGACGACACCGCAGCGUGUGGUAACAGGAAAGAGGAAACGGAGCCUGCACCAUCAGGAACAUCUUGCGAUAUUACGAGAGAUGCAGGUAGCAGACAUUCAGCAGCAGGAGCUGAACCGUGCCCAGAGGGAGCGCCACUUGCAGAUGGCACUUGACGAGGCCAGUCAAGCGAGGGAGCAGGAAGCGGCCUUGAGGGCAGAGGAACACUCUCAAACGGCUGCUUUCAAUCAAGCCUUCCUCAACGUCAUGGGGAUGCUCGUCCAGGCAAAGAGUGGCCGACGGGAAUAGAACUCUCUCGCCGACUAAUGCCAUAGGCAUUUGUGUUUUUAUCUGUGUUUGUUUUUUUACUUUGAUAAUGUUUGCACUACACGUCUGCACACUGUUAACAGUUUGUUCCACUCACUUUAAAAUUUAUUUUUGUUGUAUUUGUCUUUUGUAUAUCCAUUGUGCACUACAUACAUUAGUUUAAAUGUUUAAUUUACACAUUGUUUAAAGUUUGCUGUGUACACUCACUUAUUUUAUGUAUAUCUGCCAAUUGUGUACAGUUCUUGCACAAGGUACAAUUGCACAUUGUUUAAAGUUUGCUCUUUUUUUUUUUUUUUUGUAACUUAAACUUCCUUUAUGCCUUAUAUUUCUCAAAAUUUUCAUUGUCCUAAGCUUUUGUUUUCUACUAUCAACUCUGUAUUAAAUCCUCCCUCCGGGAUCGCUACUAGUCAUGGCCCAGAGUUGUGUGAGAAGUUCUGCAGCUUUUUUAUUAAUAAAAUUGCUUGCAUUAAAUCGAAGAUUGUUAGGAAUCCAUCCCAGAAGGUUUGGUAUUUACCUACGAGUUUAGCUAAAUUUUCAAAUUUUUAUCCCAUCUCGCACGCUGAGUUGUUGAAUAUAGUGUCUAGUUUAAGAUCAAACACUUGCUCUCUUGAUAUUAUACCAACGUCACUAUUAAAAGGAAGUGAUGGAUGCAGUUGCACCGAAUAUUAUUUCCGUUAUCAACAGUUCCUUACAGACAAAUUUAGUUCCAUCCUAUUUUAAACAUGCAGUGGUUCAUCCGCUGCUUAAGAAAGUAAAUCUGGAUCCAGCUGAUUUUAACAAUUAUAGACCUAAUUAUAGACCUAUCUCGAAAUUGCCAUUCCUGUCCAGUUGUACAUGUCAAUCAAACCUGGUUCUAAGUCAUUAACAGCGUUGGUUGCUUGCGUAAAUGACAUCAAAAGCUGGAUGGGUGAUAAUUUUCUUCAGUUAAAUGAGAAGAAGACUGAAGUCAUUCUAUUUGGCUCCCCUCAUUUGGUUAACACCCGGUCCUCUAGUUUAGGACCCUUGCAACCAAAUAUCCAUACUCGCGUAAAGAACCUGGGUGUUGUUUUUGAUUCAGAGUUGACAAACUCGACAAACAAAUAAACUCUGUUGUGAGUGCUAGUUUUUUCCAGCUUAGGGGUUUACGUAAAUUGAAAUCUUUUUUAUCUUUUGGUGACAGUUAUUCAUGCCUUUGUUUCUACAAGGCUUGAUUAUUGUAAUGCAUUAUAUGCUGGUAUAAACCAGUUUUCCCUUUCACGUUUGCAACUGGUUCAAAAUGCUGCAGUCCGUUUUUUAAUGGGGAGGAAGAAGAGGGAGCACAUCACUCCUAUUUUAGUACAUCUGCAUUGGCUGCCAGUUAAAUUUAGAAUUGAGUACAAGGUUUUAACUUUUGUAUUUAAAGCCCUGCAUGGUCUGGCUCCAGUUUACAUCUCAGAUCUUAUUUGCCCAUACUCACCUCGGAGAACUCUUAGAUCGUCCUCUGAUAAUCUAUUAACUGUCCCAUUAUCUCGCUUAAAAUCUAAAGGUGACAGAGCGUUUUCUGUUUUUGCCCCUAAGCUGUGGAAUUCAUUACCUCAAUCUGUUAGGUUAUCUUCUUCCUUGUCUGGAUUUAAAUCAUCAUUGAAAAUGCAUCUUUUUUCUCAGGCCUACUCAUAGUUGUUGGAUAUGUUGGUCUUAGUGAUGUAAUUUCUUAUUUUUGUUUUUUACUAGGUUUUAUUUUGUUCUUUGACUUUGUGAUACCUUGUAUUUGUUUUAUCAUUGUGCUUUGUUACUGUGAAGCACCUUGGUCAGCAUUUAAUGUUGUUUAAAGGUGCUAUAUAAAUAAAAAUAACGAUAUU